AUGUUGAGGUUCAACAGUUUAACCUUCAAGGUUGUGCACAAGCAAACUGCAGCCUCUAGCUCUGCUAGCCCCGCUAUAAUCGGGCAACAUUUGUUGACCGCGGGGUCACCCAAUCCAAUGUUCACUAAACCUCCUAGAAGGUCUACACAAGCUCCCAACUUUAGGAUGUCAAUGGGGCAUGUUUCCGAUGCACCCGGUGGUGAUGCAACCGGUGGUGAUGCACCCUUUGGUGGUGGGCAGGGUUCCCCCUUUGGUGGUGUGGCAGCUGGUGGAGUGACCACCGGUGGAGUGACAACCGGUGGUGUGACGAUGGGUGGGACGACCGGUGGGAGGGGUGGUAGUGGGAGUGGUGGGAGUGUCACCGGUGGUUUAAUCGGUGGAAGGGUCACUGGUGGUUUUAGAGGUGGGAGUGGGAGGGGUGGGAGCGUCACUGGUGGUUUUAGAGGUGGGAGCGGGAGGGGUGGGAGCGUCACUGGUGGUUUUAGGGGUGGGAGUGGGAGGGGUGGGAGCAUCACUGGUGGUUUAAUCGGUGGGAGGGUCACUGGUGGUUUUACAGGUGGGAGUGUGACAGGUGGGAGGGUUACUGGUGGUUUAAUUGGUGGCAGAGUCACGGGUGGUUUUACCGGUGGGAGGGUUACUGGUGGUUUAAUCGGCGGGAGGGUCACUGGUGGUUUAAUCGGCGGGAGGGUCACUGGUGGUUUAAUUGGUGGCAGAGUCACGGGUGGUUUUACCGGUGGGAGGGUUACUGGUGGUUUAAUCGGCGGGAGGGUCACUGGUGGUUUAAUCGGAGGGAGGGUCACCGGCGGUUUAAUUGGUGGGAGUGGCGGUUUAAUUGGUGGGAGGGUAACCGGUGGCUUUACCGGUGGUUUAACAAUCGGUGGUUUUCCGGUGGGUGGUUUUGGCUUGUCACAACUUCCACAGUCAAGAACUGGAUUCGCUGAAGAAAUCAUGAAAAGUGAAAUGAAGAAAAGAGCGGUAAGCUUCUUAGAGGACUCCAUUUUUGAUGGAUGUAAUGUGAAGUGA